GCUCUUGACACUGCGAGGCGCAUUGAGAUGACUGACCAUAUGAAAUCAGAGGACAUUGAUGGCGGGUCGCCAACAUCGUUCGAUCGCGUCGAAACCGGAACCGCAUACGACGAUACCCUUGUCUGCCCACCACACACAACCGAGCGCAAACUAGUCAACAAGAUCGAUUUUCACGUCGUACCGUUCUUGUGUAUUCUCUACUUGCUCGCUUUCCUGGACAGAGUCAACAUCGCAAAUGCCAAUGUCGCAGGCAUGUCCGAAGAGCUCGGCCUGGAAGGUCAUGAGUACAACAACGCUCUCGUCAUCUUUUUCGCGCCUUAUAUCUUCUUCGAAAUCCCUAGUAAUAUCUUGCUCAAGAAGUUCAAGCCGCAUGUGUGGUUGUCGGCAUGCAUGUUCCUGUUUGGUCUUACGACGACAUUGCAAGGAGUCGUUACGAAUUACUCUGGCUUGUUGGCCACGCGCUUNUUCCUAGGUGUAUUCGAGUCAGGAAUGUUCCCAGGAUGCUUCUAUCUACUCUCGUCGUGGUAUCUGCGAACAGAAGCACAGAGAAGAUACAGUUUCUUCUUCUCAAGCACAACACUUGCUGGUGCCUUUGCCGGCCUGCUCGCAGCAGCAAUCGGAAAGAUGGACGGUAUCGCAGGCUACAACGGCUGGAGAUGGAUCUUCAUCCUCGAAGGAAUCCUCACUUGCGUUGUCAGCGCCUCCUUUUUCUUCGUACUUCCCGAUUUUCCUGAAGACAGCAAAUGGCUCUCUGAAGAAGAGAGGACCUUUGUCAUCAACCGCCUUCGAAGCGAACAAGGUGCCUCAGCCGUAGAACGCAAGAUGGGCAUUAAAGAUGUCGGCAACGUCUUCAAAGAUUACAAAGUCUUCCUCGGAGGUUUCAUGUACUUUGGCCUCAUUGUGCCCGCCUACUCCUACGCAUACUUCUCACCUUCAAUCAUCAACGGCUACGGCUAUGGAAAAAUCCAAACACAGUUGCACAGUGUACCUCCGUGGGCCGCCGCCUUUGCAUUCGCCAUGAUUCUCGCCUACAUCUCCGAUAAAACACGCCAUCGAUUCGCUUUCGCCGUCUUUGCCAUCUGUGUCGCCAUCGUCGGCUUCGCGAUCUUGAUUUCCGUACACGACAACCGACCUCUCGAAUACGCAGCUCUGUUCCUCGUGGCCAUGGGAGCUUACUCCGCCAUGCCAAUCAUUGUGUGCUGGUUCAACAUGAAUCUCGGUGGCCAUCAUCGCCGCAGCGUGGGCUCAGCCUGGCAAGUCGCGUUCGGCAACAUCGGCGGUAUCAUCGCCGUGUACUGUUUCUUGAAGACGGAUGCGCCGCUAUAUACCAAGGGCUAUAGUAUCUGCAUUGCAUUUACUUGCUUGAGUGUGUUGAGCUGUAUUGCUUAUUACAUUGCCUGUGUUGCGCAGAACAGGCAGAGAGAUAAGACCGUAACGGAUGUGGGCUUGACUGAAUACGAGAAGACGGAGUUGGGUGAUUUGAACCCGGAGUAUAGGUAUCUGGUCUAA